AUGGGUCAUUCUCAUUGGCAGGCUGUGAGCUGUAGAAAUAACAAUAGAUAUCCUAUGGCAGGUGACCUGCGCAAAGGUCACUCGGUCACCAAGAAUGAGACUGGCCCAAGGAAGUGCCAUAGUAGAGGGUACCAAACCAAGCACACCAAGUUUGUCAGAGAUCUGAUUCCUGAGGACUGUGGUUUUCCUCCCUAUGAAAGGUGUGCACUGGAAUUUCUGAAUGUCUUUAAAGAGAAGUGUGCACUCAAAUUCAUCAACAAAAGAGUUGGUUCUCACAUCUGUAUGAAUAGGAAGAGAGAAGAAUUCAGCAAUGUACUGGUAGUAAUGAGAAAGGCAGCUGCAAGGAAAGAUUAUUCUGCAGAACGUUGUCACAAUUUAAGUUCUUAA